AUGGUUGAUCAUGAUGCGUUUCCCUUACUAGUUUCUAACCUGAGAGAGAAUGCACCUCAAGCCGAGUUCUCUAUAUUCCCUGGCGAUUUAGCUGUAAUUCUUGGACAGAAACAGGAACCCGGCACCCACCCACGUCACAUCAACGGCUCUGCCAUGAUCUGGGUCCCGCAUCAGUCGACAGCAGAAGAGAGAGAACGCACAUUAGAUAUCCGCAAUUAUGGCAGAACAGACACUGUCAAUGUUGAGACUUCAGGCUACAGCGCUUGGGGUGUACCAAAAGCGAGCGCAUUAUGUCCCCGCGUCGAUCAGGAUACUGCGGGGAAGAUCAAGGGGUUCCGAAAUGGAUGUCACCGUACCUGGAUUUGCACGUCGAAUUUGGACGUCGUGAUGCCAGCAACAGAAGAUCUCACCUUGGCGCCACCGUCAUUGCAUCGAGGCAUGAUUUUCGAUUUCACACCAUCAAGAGAUCUCAGAAGUCCGACGUACGCUAUGACCAUACCUCCCGCCGGCUGCCUGGAUGCCUUCGGGUCCGCCAUAUUCGUGCCAAGUCAAAGUCGUCUUACCAACCCGACUGUCUGGCAAUAUCUGUUUGACAUCUUGUCCUCGGAAGAAAAUAAGAUGGAACUUGUUAUGCUCGUAUGGGACCCAGGUUGGUGGAAGGUGCAGGAAACGACGCGUUGGGGAUGA